UUCCACAUGAGGUGAAUGGACAAUAUCUUACUCAGAUGUGAAGCGUUGAGCUGAAAGCAAACAUGUUCAGGUUUUCUCUAAUAGUCUGUAUUUCUCUGAUAUUUGGCGUCACAGCAAAGCCAUAUAAACCCUGGAAUAAACUCCCAGAUGAAGCAUUCCUGGAUACCGUUAUGUCUUUAGAUGGCGAAGGAAGGAUGUCCUGGGGAGUGGAAGUGGAGCCUCCAGAGGACAUGGAUGAGACUGACUACGACAUCGACCCAGAGAUGAAGAUUUGGAAGAGCAUGACAGGUGGGCAGGAAGAACAGCACCUAAAGGCAGAAGAAGACUUGGAUGAGCUGUACCAUCCUUCAGUGGUAGAUCUCCUCAAAGUUGAAUUUCAAAACCGUGAUGCCCUCCCUGCUGCCGACAUCCAGGCUGAUCCCUGGCAGGAGGUUGCCAACUUGAAUCAGGAACCAGAAGAGGAUAAAGACGACGUCGACCACCCUGGUUUCGGUGAGGCGGCACCAAACGAGCCUGAGCAGGACUGGGACGAGGUCUACCACAGAGCGAGCGAGGAGCUGGCUGGAUAUCUCGCUCCACUCGUGGCCGGAAACAAACCUGAUGCAGAGAUCCGUGUUUCACACUCUGAACCAGAGAAGGACGAGCUGUAUCACCACGACGACCAGGGUUCACCUGUGCAGAAGGAGCUGCUGAGCCGUGAGGUCGCGGGUGAAAGUGAGGUCAGAGUUCACUUUCAGCCAGAGGAGGACAUGGACGACCUGUACCACAAAGACCUCCUGAAGCUCAUCCCUCACCCGGCUGAUACUGAAGCUGCUGCACCCGCUAACCCUAACCCAUUUCAGAGGAGGCACAGCCAACCAGAGGAGGAUCUGGAUCAUCUCUUCCACCAGUGAUCCCUCAACCACAACCUAACCUGUGUAGAGCCCUCAUCUCAGAUCAGAUACAACCUUAGCUGAUGCACAGUAAAUACAUCUGAAGUGUCUUUUGACUUCAUUAAACUGUCCUCAUUAAGAAUCAACUCUAAAUCUCACUGUCACUUGUGUGUAUUUUGUUAUGUAUGUGUCUAUAGAUACAGAGAAACAUUGACGAUGUAAUGUACAUCUAAAUACAGAUAAUGAUGAUUUCCAAGACUCACUCGUUGAUAGUUCAAGUAAUUAUUAAAAAUAAAUUCAAUUGUAAAGACUUAUAAUCAGUGUAUAUAAGGUACAGUUUCUAAUAAUGACUAGGUGGUGUUGUGAUAGCAUUAAUGGACAAGUUUAUAAAGGACUCUAAUGUUAUAGAAAGCAUUUAAAAUCCUAAAGCUGCUUUCAGAUGACAUGUUGGUAAUUACAGAGGGUUGUGCCUUUAAUUGAGAGUGCAGUUUGAGAAAAGGAAGUCUUGAAGUGUUAAAUUCUUAAGUGUUCCUCUGUACAUGUCAGAAUAGUGAAGCGCGGUUAUAAAAGUGUUAAACAUGGGCGAGGCUAGGUGGUUAGGACAUAUAAAUAAGGUUGAAGGUUGGAGAAGACUAUACAUCUUUAGGAUAUUGUGAUGAUUAAAUCUGAGUUGUCCUUGAUCAAAAAUAAACAUUAACACAUGUAUCAAAGA